AUGGAUGAUGCACAAACAAGAGCCAGCCAGGCCAUGAAGCGCACCCCGCAAGAGUUAAUCGCCUAUCAAGACCUUACUUGGAAUUCAAGCAAUACCCCAAAGCUCUUGGGAUACAAAACCACCGCGCAGGAUAACUUAGGUCUAGUCCCGGGUAGGUUCGCGGUCUGGCUGGUGUGGGAGAUAGUGCCAGGGCGCAGCCCUGGCAAUAAGAAUGGGCCUGAUGCAUUUUGGGCUCUUGAUGAUGGUGAAAGAGACGGAAUCCGCGCGUCCUUUGUGGAGACUUUCACGUAA